AUACCUCACAGCCAGCAAAAAUAAGCUUGUAGAGCUGCCAGCUACACUCAGCAAUUUAAGACUUGAGUCCAUGGAUGUGUUUGGUAACCCCUUCUCAAGUCCCCUUGGCAUAGUGAGAAACAAUAUUAAAGGAGUCCCAAGUUUGAAAGAAAUUGCAUCGACACAGUGUGUUCAAAGAGGAUUAUGUCCCACUGCUGCAGACAUCCCAGCAACUUUAGUAGAAUAUCUUCAAGCUUGGCUGAAAUGUCUCUGUGGGAAAAUAUGCUACGAAUCUCACAUUUUAGCCUGCAUAACUCUUAACCUUCAGCUGGUAGCCUCAGGACUUGUCUUAGGCAAUGUAUUCCAAACAACUGCUCCAGCUCUUGCAACACUUUGUUCUCAGAAAUGCUUUGACAAAUUUUCUAAAACCUGAUAGCCAUAUUGAUUUGUGUCUAAUAAAGUAUUGUUAGGUUUCAUUGUGAGAAUUUUAACUUAAUUAUGCUUUGUAAUAUAAAAUUUCAGAAUGUAUUAAAAGUCAAAUUCUUCCUAUUAUUGAUUUGUGUUCGAAAUUCUAAAAAAUUAUCUAUAAAAUAUCUGUUUUAA